AGACUCGCAUCAUAGUCAUCUGCUGAAGACACUGCCUCCUCGCUUCAGUCGCACCUUUAUCUGCUCCAGUUCCCUCCUCUCUCGCCAUCGGACUCGACUCGCCUGAUCGUGAUCGUGAUCAAGAUCAGCCUGUACAACCCCAAUACCUCCCUCCCUCCACCUCCUUUUCCACCCACUCAAUCAAUCUCCCUCCCCCCAUCGAUCUCCGCCAUGGCGUUCACCACUCGCCUGUUCCACCUCCUGUGCCUGUGCCUGAUCGCCUCGUCGGCCAUUGCCGCGCCGGCCGUCGAUCAGUCCGACUCGACCAGCGCGGUCGCCAGCUCGUCCGGCUACUUCAGCAUCGAGGAAAGCCCGCUGCACAAGGUGCUGCAUCUGUUUGGGAAGUUCCGCGAUGGGGUGUUCCGGUCGGACGACGAGGCGGUCGAGGCGCUCCAGGGGGAGGAGGAGCUGGCCCAUUUCAACCUCGUCAAGCGCGAGGGCGUGAGCAACUCGACGGCGGCGGCGCAGACCACAGCCCAGGCGACGCAGCCCGCGACCACUUCGGUCGAGAGCGCUGCGGCCCCGACCACCACCACCGCCGCCGCCGCCCACACGACUGCUCACACCACCGCCGUGCAGACCACGUCCAGCUCUAGCAGCAGUGAGUCGAGCUCUAGUAGCACUAGCACGACCAGCAUCCCCACCGUCUCUGCAAGCACCACAUCCUCCACAUCCUCCACCACCUCGACCACCUCCACCACCUCGACAUCAUCGAAAUCAACAUCCUCCACCCUCUCAACCACCACCUCCACCACCUCCGACAAAUCCACCAGCACCACCAGCUCAACCACCUCUCAGCCCACAACCCCCUACACCUCCACCUACAAGAUCACCACCACCCUCCCCGACGGCCAGCAGAGCACCGUCACCGCCGUGACAGUCGUGCACCCCACCGAGACAGCCAAGGAGGUCGCCACGGGCACCAAGGCCUCUCCAGGCCUGCAGACCGACUCGGCCGCAUCCCACAGCAACGGUCUCGCCCGCGAGUGGUUGCUCAUGAUGGGCGGGGCGGCUGCUGUUGCGAUGGCGCUGUAAUCCCACCACCAAUUAACCAAUCGACUCCCCGGCUGCUGUCACUUGACCCCAGUCCCUCGAUUGAAUUAAAUUGGACUGCAUACCCGGCGUUCAUCGAUACAUCUCUUCUUUAUUUCGAUUUCAAAACUGGUUUGCUUGUUUUUGUUUUUUUUUCUUCUUUAACUUAAUGAUGAUACCUCACUACGAUCCUU